UAUUUGUCAAUCAUUAAUUUCUCAGAUCAGGAAGACAACCAGGAACUUCCUUAGCACAGAGCAGAAUCCUCACUGACCGUCUUUUGAACCAGUUGCCCCCUUAUAUUAAUCUGAGCCAAAUUAUAAAAAGCCUGAAUCCUGUUAUCGAGGUGCUGGAGUCCUGAGAUCUGAGGAAUGAACAGAAAAGUAGACAACUGCAGCCUAAUGGGUGCUGAGAUCCCACUUUCAUCUGGGUUCUUUAAAGUGAUUAAAAAUGAGCUGUGGUUGUACCUCGUCCCAGCCGCUCUGGCUGCCCUGCUACUGGCUCUCUUCCUGGAGGAGGUUGGCUUCUUCCUCCGCCACAUGCCUUCAUCCAGACGCAGGUGCCUCAGCCUCUGGAUCCUGGGCAUGUAUCCGGUCUUUGGCAUGACCUCCAUCAUUGCACUAUACGUACCUCGGUCCUCCUCGUUGUGCAAUUUUAUAGCUUCUUUAUAUCACUCCAUUACACUGUUGAAGUUCAUGGGUCUUAUAGAAAACUUCUUUGGAGGGAAGGCCCGAUUGUUUGAGGUGCUGGCUGGGGAAAAGGUUUCUCCUGACCCUUUUCCCUGCUGUUGCUGCUGCUGUUUGCCCCUAAUCAACAUCAACAGGACAAGUAUGGGAUGGAUGAUGGUUGCAGUCCUCCAGCUCUCUGUGGUCAGAACUCUUGUGUUCUUCAUCACACUUGUCCUCUGGACCGACGAACAGUAUGACUACGGGGAUGUUGAUUCAGUUGAUCCAAACAUUUAUGUAAAUGCAAUCAUUGGAGUGUCCACCUUCUUGUCAUAUUAUGGCUACCUGCUGUUUUAUAAGGCAACAAAGAGAGCACUUCAUGGCUAUGGGCUUCGAGCCAAAUUUGUUUGCAUCAUUGUUGUCUUAGUCCUGUGUGGACUUCAGAAUGGAAUUUUGGAAACUAUGGGGGCACUAAAUGUUGUGCCCUGUGUACCUCCAUUCUCUGCUCUGUUUCGCUCUCAGUUAAUCUAUCACUAUUCAGUAAUCGUGGAGAUGUUCUGCAUCAGCCUUUUUGCACGCAACACAUUCCGUAAAAUCGAGCCCAGUCUAGAGGAUGCAUAUAGCCUUGAGGAAGGAAUCAGUCACAAAGCCAUUCAAACAGACGCGCAGGUACCUUUUGCAGUGCAGCUCAGCACACAGGCAGAGGAGCCAUGGUGCUCUAACCCUGGCUACAGCAGUGAUAGUGAAGACAGCUUGUGCAGAAUUGAACAUGCUCCACUGGAUCACUUUCCUUUUCCCUUACAGUCCAAGCCUCUGGAUUUGUCAGAGCUAGACACCAAUAAGCUACCUGAGGAGUGUAAGAGCACAGAACCCUCAACCAUAACAGUUAGUGCUGAGAUCAACUAUGUGGUAAAUUCUGAUGUCACUGUUGUAUAGCAGCAGACAUAUUAAGCCAGAUAAAACCACUGAUUAUCUCUCUACUUUCAGCUCAUAUCAGCAGCUGUGUUAAAUCCCCAAAUGACAAAAAUUCCAGAACCUUGAUAGUGUUCGGUCUCCGUGCUUCAAUCACUAAACAAUGGCUUUAAGUGUGAGCAUGUUUUAUAUGACUUGAUUUUAUAUUAUGUAUGCCAUUGUAAAGUUAUUUUCUUGCAAACCUGAUGAGAUAUUACAGUUGUUUUGUAUGAUACCAAAAUGUUUAGUAUAGUAUUUAUAAUGUUACGUAUAGUAUAUUUGUGUAUAGUAUUUUUCAUAAUAAUAAUAAUUUUCCAUAAUAAUGACAAACUAACUUAACAAAUAAUAAUUUAUCAAAAAAAAAACCAUCUCAAAACCAAUAAUCUAUCUUAAUGCAAUGGGCAAACCAUAAUUACAGUAAAUAAGAUAUACUGUACAGUAGGCCUAAUAUGGUUUGUGCAAUAAGUAUGUGCAGUUGAACAUAAACAAUUCUUUUAUAUAGAUAGAUACAUCAAAAUCAUCUAUUUUAUGACAGCUGUAUGAUAAUUAUUUUUGAACAUGAGAUUGACUGUUAUUGGUUCAUUCUGAACACAGCCACAUCCCCAGUGUGAAUACUUAUACAACCAAAUCGUUGUAAUAAUUUAUUAAUUUUAUUAAUUAAUAAUUUCUGACUAUUUUUUCUACUGAAAUUUUAUGUUGUAUUUUUACAUAGAGGAUGGAAAAAGUUUUGACAUAAUUUAACGAACAUUUAAUGCCCAUCUAUCAUUUUUACAUACAAAAAGACAUAUACUAAAUAGAAGAUAGCUGAAUAACAAUGCAGACUGGGAGGUUGUUUAAUGUCGAGAUUUCGCUGUACUGUAGAGGAUCACACUAUUUGCAUGAUUUGCCAUUUUUAUGGAAACAAAAUGAAAAUAGUGAACUGUUUUUAAUAUCCUCGGUUUACACAGAUUUGUAUAAAGAGAUGGCCACGUAUAUUGUAAAAAUUUACAACAAAUGUGAUAAUUUCAUGUAAAAAAAAAUCAUGUCCUUAAUUGUGAGAAAAGAACAGUAGCCUCUAUCAAUGUAGACGAACGGUCACCAGAUUUAGUCCAGAUCAUAGUGUCCCUAUCAGUUCCUGGUCUCACAAAUGCUCUUGUGGCUAUAUAAGCAAAUCCCCACAGCCACACUCUAAAAUUUAGUGGAAAACCUUCCAAGAAGGUUAUUAUAACAUGAAAAUUGGGGACUAAAUCUGGAAUGUCCAACAGUCACAUAUGGUUGUAUUUAUCAGGUGCCCACAUACUAGUUGCAAUGUAGUGUAAUACAAAAAGAAAAGUUGUGGAAUGUGUUCAUCUUAAUUGUCUUUAUUUAUAAUAAUCAAAAUAUGACAGAAGCGUCAAUCAAAAUGUCUUUACUCAACCCAAAACUAACUACAAAGUUAAAAAUGCAUAAAUGUUUCAGUGCUUGGUCCUUUCAAUCCCUUAAAUAUCAUGUUACGUCAUAUUGUAGUGAGUCUAGAACCAGAUUGAUUGAACUAUUAAAUACGGUCAGGUCCAUAAAUAUUGGGACAUCGACACAAUUCUAACAUUUUUGGCUCUAUACACCACCACAAUGGAUCUGAAAUGAAACGAACAAGUUGUGCUUUAACUGCAGACUGUCAGCUUUAAUUUGAGGGCAUUUACAUCCAAAUCAGGUGAACGGUGUAGGAAUUACAACAGUUUGCAUAUGUGCAUAUGUGCCUCCCACUUGUUAAGGGACCAAAAGUAAUGGGAAAAGCAACCAAAGAGUUUUUUAAGGGAAAAAAGUGGAAUGUAAUGCAACGGCCAAGUCAAUCACCUGACCUGAAUCCGAUUGAGCAUGCAUUUCACUUGCUGAAGACAAAAUUGAAGGGAAAAUGCCCCAAGAACAAGCAGGAACUGAAGACAGUUGCAGUAGAGGCCUG